AAUGUUUAAACAUAUUAAUUUAGAUUAAUCAAAAAGCUGCAAAAUGGUGCUUAAAUAAACAAAAAGUGGGUGUUUAUUGGUGAAAAAGCUGAAAUGAGUGUGCGCGCGCGUGUGUUCAAGCGUUGUGCGUGUCUGUGUGUGUGUCUGUGUGUGUGUUUGCGUUAGAGAGAUGGGGACAGAGAGAUGUGGUCCUGUUCAUUUGGUGACUGCAGCAACAGCAGCAGCAGCAGAACAGUUCGGUGUUCUGCAGAACCGAGGAGGACUCGCGGGGUUUCGGUCCAGAAGGCAGGAACAAGGACACAGAGAAGACGGAGCGACUGGGGUUUGAGCUGGAGAAUACAAACUUCACUGACGCCUGUGUGGACGUUUCCUUUUAGUUCAUCCUUGGACCUGGAUGUUACUCCCAGGACCACCGUCUUCUUUAAAGGUCUGAUGGGCAGCUGUUACUUCGCCGGCUCCUCCCAGAACUACAGCACCCUGCUGCUGGAGGAGGAGGCAGGGCUGCUGUACGUGGGGGGCCGAGGGGCUCUGUACGCACUCAACACCUCCAACAUCUCCUCGCCUGCAAACCUCACAAUUGAUUGGAACGCUUCCCCCGAACAGAAGAAGCAGUGUCUCAACAAAGGCAGAGACAAUCAGACGGAGUGUUACAACCACGUCCGCUUUCUGCAGCGAUACAACGAAACUCACCUGUACGUGUGUGGAACCAACGCCUUCCGACCUCUCUGUGCUUACAUAGACGCAGAGAGGUUCAGCUUCUCCUCUGGAUUUGAGGAGGGCAGAGACAGGUGUCCUUACGAUCCGGCGAAGGGACACACUGGUCUUCUCAUUGACGGUGAGAUGUUCACGGCCUCUCAGUACGAGUUUCGCAGCUCGCCGGACAUCCGCAGAGUCUUCCCUUUUCCCACGCUCAGGACAGAGGAGGCUCCCACCCGCUGGCUUCUUGAGGCAGAUUUCGUGGGCUCUGUGCUGCUGAGGGAGAGCAUCAACAGCUCCGUCGGCGACGACGACAAGAUUUACUUCUUCUUCACGGAGAGGAGCCAGGAGCAGAUCGCCUACCCGAGCCAGACCAAGGUGUCCCGGGUCGCCCGAGUCUGCAAGACUGACUGGGGAGGACAGAGGACCCUGCAAAGGAAGUGGACAACCUUCCUCAAGGCCAGGAUGGUYUGUUCGGUCCCAGAAUACGAGCUGCACCUCAACAUCCUGCGCGACGUGUUCGUCCUGCAGGGGAGAGACGCUCAGAGCAGCGUUUUUUAUGGCAUCUUCGGUCUGGAAUGGAAGAAUAUCAAAGCCUCCGCCAUCUGCCAGUACGCCUUCUCAGAUGUACAUAAAGUUUUCGACGGGCCGUACAUGGAGGUGCAGGAUUCAAAGUGGAGGGAAUACACGGGAAAAGUCCCGGAGCCGAGACCUGGAUCUUGUAUAACAGAUCUGCACAGGUCACAGAGCAUAAACUCGUCUCGAGACCUUCCAGACAGCGUCCUCACCUUCGCCCGGAGGCACCCGCUGAUGGCCAAACAGGUGCACCCGCUCGGCAGGAGCCCCCUCAUGUUCAAGAGGAGCGUCAACUACGUCAAGAUCGCGGCGCACAAAGAACCGGCGCUGGACGGAAAACUUUACACUGUUUUGUUCCUGGGAACAGACGACGGAUGGCUGCACCGAGCCGUGGACAUUGAUGGAGACGUUCACAUCAUUGAGGAGUUGCAGAUGUUUGACAAACCGCAGCCGGUUGAGAGCAUGGUCAUAUCCUCACUUCAGAGGAGCGUCUACGUUGGCUCCCACUCCGGAGUUGUUCAGGUGCCGAUGUCAGCCUGUCAGAGGUACACUUCCUGUUACGACUGCGUCUUCGCCAGAGACCCCUUCUGUGCCUGGGAUGGGAGAGUGUGCGUGGAAAUAUCAUCACGUGCACAAAAGUCAAACCUGACCCAGGAUGUCAGCAAAGGAAUCAGGGGCUGUAAGGAGAAUUCAGGAAAUGUGAUCCAUCGGCGGCGGUCUGUGAUGGCGGGUGACGAUGUCCUGCUUCAGUGCGAGUUACAUUCCAACCUGGCCACUCCGCGCUGGACUCUGAACGGGAAGGAGCUCCUGGGGUACGGCCUGAACUCCGGCUACCGCAUCGGCACCGAUGGCCUCCUGAUAAUCGGCGCUCGAACCCAACAGGGCGGCUCGUAUCGCUGCUUCGCCAUGGAGAACGGCGUCUCGGUGCUGGUUUACCUCUACACGGUGAAAGUUCACACGGAUCCGUACUUCGUUGUGGGGCCCACAGACACAGAAGACCCCACUCUGGUCUCCGCUCCGACCGUUUUCUCCACRGUCACCCCCACCGAGCAGCCGCUGCCUUCACCUCCGGCUCCGCUGCCUCCCGGAGCAGAGUUCCAGAUCUACAGGCACAUGGAGGCCAUCUACAUCUCCCUGGUGGCGGUUCUCGGAGGGCUUUGCCUGGUGCUGACUGUGGUCUUGCUCUACGUGAGCUUCUGCACCAGACGGGCCGCUCAGAGCCGCAAGUUCUCCCAGCAGGGUCUGCGGGUCCUGGGGGAGUCCGAGAGAAACCGGAGCUCCCACCUGGAGCUCAAAACCAUCUCCAGCCACUGCAACGGCCGCCAGGGUCGCCGCUCCAUCUCCGUGCCGACCUUCGACACCUUCCUCCAGAUCGURCCCGACGAGGAUCAGAUGUCUCCGGCCAAGACGCCCCCGCCGGCGCCGCCGCUUCCCAACCCGCCCCCGCUUCCCAACGUGGACUACGCCAACGGGCUGUCGGCCACGCUGCCCAGCGUCCUGAGGAAGAUGAACGGGAACAGCUACGUGCUGCUGAGGCAGGCCGACCCUGAGGGCGUGUCUCCGCUUUACCACUCCUUCACGGAGGAGCUCAACCGGAUCCUGGAGAAGAGGAACCACACGCAGCUGCACCCGCAACCCGACGAGAGCUCCAUCUAGGAGCGCAGCUUCCCGAGCCUCGUGACAAUUAAGCGGCUCUUGUUUUCGACAGGAGCUGAGGUCCGUUUGCCCCACGACGACUACACGAACAAACAGAACCUUGGAGCUUUAUGAGGAAACCUCACCGAAAACUCUGAGGGUCGGUGAAAAACCGGAGUCGUAUCCUGCAAAACAGAAUAAAAAUCAGGCCACGUUGUCACUGGAAACUGAGGAAUYUUAAGAAAUACGACGUGAUUUUUGCUCUGUGUAGCUUGAAGUGAUACUCCUAUAAAUCUGCAUCAUGUGCAA